UUGUUUUUAUUAUUAUAUUAUAUUGCUUGAUUUUUAUAAUUUUCUCACAUUCACUCUUGAUUUUUGUGUGUGUGGUUGUUUUUUCCACUAAUGUUAUGGUAGUUAUUUAUAUUGUUUUUUUGAUUCUGCUUACUUCACUAUGCAUCAGUUCAUGUAGCUAUUUCCCUGUUUCUCUGUAUUCAUUCUAUACGUCAUUUCUUAUAACAUAGCACUAUCACAUUAUAUUCAUAUCCCAUAACUUGUUUUGCAGAGACUCAAUUGAUAGACAUCUAUUUUGUUUUCAAAUCUUUGCUGCCAUAAAUAUUUGAUGUACAUAGAAACUUCCUUCUCAAUGGGUUCCUUAGGGUAUAUGCCCAGUAAUUUUAUGUAUGCUUAAUCUAUGUUACAGAUUAUCAGAGUAUCUUUCUCAGUGCUAAUUACAGCAGGAGAGUAGAGUUGAUUGAUUUACUAUACUCCAGCCCACUUAAAGUAAGUGCUUAAAUAAUUAGUUGUCAUAGGAUUAAGAGAGUGAAAAAUCUUCCAAAGCCAUUUGACGAAUUGAAAUAACAUCAGCCAGAAGUUUUUUUUCCAAUUAGCCAUAGGAUUUCGUUAUGCCUUUUGGAUCUUAUAAAAAAAAGCACCAUAUUAGUAGGAGUCAGAGAAUUAUAUAAAUUGAUAAAACUGGUGUUUGGGAGGAAGCACACAGGUAGGGCUUUACUUAAUGGGAUUAGAAAAUUACCCCUAGAUUCGAGGGCCCAGAACCUUGAGGAUAGAUUAGAAAACAUCACUGGGAGUUGGGGGUUGAGGUAAGAGAUGUGGGGAUAUAUAGGCUACAACAAUAAGGUUAUAGUACCUCUCUGGAUCUUGUAGAAGGGGAAAAUAAAAGAGAUAUCCAAUGCAUAGUAUGACAUAGUAUAGGACAAGCAAUAAUCAACAAAAGAAUUAUAGUACAUGUUAACAGAAAAAAUUCAAAUUUAGUAAGGUGAAGGGAAAAAUCAGAACCAUAAUCAUUUUGUGAUAUUUUGGUAGACGAACACUACAAACUAUUUAAAGCAGAUGGUCUUAUCCACUAUUAAAACAACUAUUUUUUGUCCUUAUAACAUGGGACUUGGGGUUUCUCUUUCCAGACAACCCACAUUCCAGUAGCUUUCAGGUCAAACAGAGAGCAGGAAAAUUCCUUCCCUUCCUUACAUUCUUGUAAUGCUGAGGAAAAGGUGAUUCUGAACAUCAGAGGCUCACAAUAAGAAAAGACCCCUAAGAGAAAUAUUCCCCUUUGAUUCUCUCAUAGAUUUCAAGAUGGACACAGAUAUACAUUUUCUAGCUAUGCCCUGAUACCAUCAGGUUGUAAUCUAGGACAUCUACUGGUCCCCUAAAUUAUGUCCAGCCAAACCCUGUGUCUUCAGGACACAAAACACCACUCUAGCCCCAAUCAGGUGACAAACACCCCCCUACUUCUGCCUAAACUCACAUCAUCACAGUCUCUUCUCCAGUCAUGUAGCACCUGUUGUCAAUAGAGUAUAAAAAACUGAAUCCACCCCCCCCCCCAGGCAGUGUCCAUUCUUGAACCUAUCUCCCAACCCUUCAACAUUACUACCAAAUUAAUACAUUUCUCUUUUUUAUUUUUAAGCUAAGUUUUGGAAUCUUGCAUUCUUGCAAAGGGUACCGAUCCUGAACCCAGGGGUUCAUCUCAAACCCCCAACAACACUUAGAUAAGAGACACCUGCAGAAUUAUCUAAAUAGUUACCUCAGCUUUGCAGUUUUGCCUAAUAGGACUUCUUUCACAAUUGUAAAAAUAUUUGAUCAUCUUCUUUUGUCUCCCUCCUCUAGUCUCCUGCUUUUGGAUUGGGAAUAUACAAAUCCAUCUGAGUAAAUUCAUAAUCCACAUGGGGUCACCAUUAUGUUGGGGGUAGAGAAGGGCCCUCUUUUUCUAAUUCAAUUAAAUAAAUCAAUGUUUAAUUAAUUUAAUUUAAAAAGCUAAUUAACAUUUAUUAAUUGCCUGCUAUGUCCCAGGCACUAGGUAGUACACUGGGCCUGGAGUCAGGAAGAUCCAAGUUCAAAUCUAGACUGAGACAUUUACUAGCUGAGUGACCCUAGGUAAGUCACUUAACUCUCUUUGCCUCAGUUUCCUCACCUGUAAAAUUAUAUGGAGAAGGAAAUGGCAAACUACUUCAGAGUCUUUGUCAAGAAAACUAUGUGGGUCACAAAGAAUUGAACACAACUGAAACAACUGAACAUGUGCCAGGCACUGUGCUAAGUGCUGGGGAGACAAUUAAGAAAAGGAAAGACAGUCCCUACCCUCAAAGAAUUUAUAAUCUGUUGAGAAGUGGUGGUCAAAAGAUAACCUCUAAAAGAAAAGUUAGCUGCAAAAAUCCCUGCCCUGUAUAAAGGAAAACUCUGGAAGGAGUAUAGAGGUCCACCCUCCAGUCUUCCAGUCAGAGGGGAGAGGAGAGAGGAGGCUGAAGGAAUUAGUAAGACGUUGAGUUUCUAAAGCUGAUUUAUAGACAUGAUGAUGGAAUCAUAUUUUGUCAGGUAGAUAGCUGCAAAUACCAGCAAGCCCAGGGACAAAAGCUGUCUCCUUUUUUUCUAAGAGAUCCUGAGUCAUCAGUUCUUUUGGUUCAGCAGCCAAUUGGGAGACUCACAGCAAUGAGUCAUAGGAUCCCAGAAGCUUCUCUCCUCCACUCCCAAUUCCCACACAGUCUACAGGAAGUAGACAGAGAAUAGCUUUCAUUUCUCUGUAUAAUUCACAUAUAUAUGGAUAAAGGGUUUUCAUGUUACUUUUUAAAAUAGUAGCCAGCUGUGUUAUAAUAAAGAAUAGUAUGAAAAUAUAACUAUAUUAUAUAUGCACACCUACAGAAGCUGGUAGGAAAAAAGGAAUCAUUAAACCUGUGCUUCAAGUCUACUAACAUACAUUCUGUUCUCAUUAAAAUAGCUCUAAUAAGGACCUUGGACAUUGGACGUUGUGGCAGGAGUGUGUAUAUCCUACCGAAAGAAGCCUAAACUGAAGACAAAGGUCUUAAAAAAGGAAUGGGGAAGCGGGGGAGUGAGGGAGGUCGAGAAGAAGGGCAGAACCAAGUCUGCCACACACUGGAUGAGAAGAAAAGUAAAAAUAUUUGAAAAUAAAUCCCACUUUCCAUACUACAAAUUUGACACAAAACAGCAGCCCAAACCUUAUUAAAUCAGUCUAUGCCUUUUUGCCCGGAAACAAUUAGGGGAAGAUCCUUUUUGCUUGGAGGCUCUUUAAAAGUUGACGGCUUCUAGCGGUCUUGCUAACUUGGUGGGCUACCAGCCCACCUGUCAACCCCAGAGCAUCCGAGAUUCACCCUAGAGGAUGGAGCUGCCAAUCCUUUUGAUGAUUCCUACAAAGAGGAAAGCUACUGAACUGAGCUUUUGAAGGAUGGGCAAAGACUUCCGCUAUUAUUUCCAGCACCCAUGGUCUCGAUUGAUUGUGGCUUAUCUGGUGAUCUUCUUUAACUUCUUAAUAUUUGCGGAGGAUCCUGUCUCUCACAGCCAAACAGAGGCCAAUGUUAUUGUUGUUGGAAACUGUUUUUCAUUUGUAACCAAUAAAUACCCCAGAGGAGGAGGCUGGAAGCUCUUGAAAGUGCUUCUAUGGCUACUUGCAAUUCUCAUAGGACUAAUAGCUGGGAAAUUUCUAUUUCAUCAACGUUUGUUUGGUCAAUUACUUCGGUUGAAAAUGUUUCGAGAAGAUCACGGUUCUUGGAUGACUAUGUUCUUCAGUACCAUUCUCUUCCUCUUCAUAUUUUCCCACAUAUACAACAUGAUUCUCCUCAUGGAAGGAAACAUGGGAGCAUACAUUAUUACAGACUUCAUGGGCAUAAGAAAUGAAAGUUUCAUGAAAGUAGCAGCUGUAGGAACCUGGAUGGGAGACUUCGUUACAGCUUGGAUGGUCACUGAUAUGAUGCUUCAAGACAAACCAUAUCCUGAUUGGGGGAAAGCAGCUAGAGCUUUUUGGAAAAAAGGAAAUAUCAGAAUAAUUUUAUUCUGGUCAGUUCUUUUUACUUUAACCUCUGUUGUUGUGCUUGUCAUCACUACGGAUUGGAUCAGCUGGGACAAGUUGAAUCGUGGAUUUCUGCCCAGUGAUGAAGUCUCUAGAGCUUUCUUGGCUUCCUUCAUCCUCGUCUUUGAUCUUCUUAUUGUCAUGCAGGAUUGGGAAUUCCCACAUUUCAUGGGGGAUGUUGAUGUAAAUCUUCCUGGAUUACAUACACCUCAUAUGCAGUUCCAGAUUCCUUUCUUCCAGAUGAUCUUUAAAGAGGAAUACAGAAUACAUAUAACAGGUAAAUGGUUUAACUAUGGCAUCAUCUUCCUCGUCCUGAUUUUGGAUCUUAAUAUGUGGAAGAACCAAAUAUUUUAUAAACCACAUGAAUAUGGGCAAUAUAUUGGUCCAGGACAAAAGAUUUAUACUGUGGAGGAUGCAGAAAGCUUAAAGGAUUUGAACAGAACCAAACUGUCCUGGGAAUGGAGAUCUAAUAACACUAACCCCCAGACUAACAGAACCUAUGCAGAGGGAGAUAUGUUCUUGCAUAGCAGAUACAUAGGAGCGAGUCUUGAUGUCAAAUGUCUGGCUUUUGUUCCAAGCUUGAUAGCUUUUGUAUGGUUUGGCUUUUUCAUCUGGUUCUUUGGAAGAUUUUUGAAAAAUGAACAAGGCAUGGAGAACCAAGAUAAAAGUUACACACGAAUGAAAAGGAAAUCACCUUCAGAACACAGCAAAGAUAUGGGAAUGACUCGAGAAAACACCCAAGUCUCAGUUGAGGAUCCCUUGAAUAAUUCUCCUUUAGUCUACAUUAAGUCAGAUUUCAAUGAAAUUGUCUACAAUUCUUCCCACGUGACCUCAGAAAACUUGAACUUGCACUUGAGUGAAGCCUGUGGCACAACAGAACCAGACCCAGCACCUGUGAUGACACCCAUAAAUUCCAUCCAAUAAUGUGAUGCCCUCUUCCCCCAAAGACAAAGAAAUGCACACAAGAGUAUACCUUUAAGGUAUACUUAUGUCUUUUUGUACAUAAGUUUUAUGUAGCAUUAGAUGGAAAAAUAUAAUGUAGGCCACAACGGUGCUCAACAUGCUCUUUCUAGAACUCAUUAUUUUCUAUUUGUAUUAUGAUACAUGUGCCUCCUGUGUAUCCAACAGUCCUCUAGAGAUUGCUUCUCACAAUUGCACAAGCUAAUUAUUGCCAUGUUGACUUUACAGAGUAGUGAACUACUAGAUGAUUAUUCAAAGGUAUAACGUUCUACCAUAGUGGUGCCUUGAGACAUCAAACUGUUUCUAACUGUCAGUAAGUCAACAAGCAUACAUUAAGUGCCUACUAUGUUCCAGGCACUGGGCUAAGCACUAGAGAUGCAAAGAAAAGGGAAAAACCGUCUUGCUUUCAAGGAACUCACAGUUUAAUGUGGGAGACAACAUGCAAACAACUAUGUACAAUUAUACAGGAUAAAUAAAAUGAUGAACAAAGGAUUAAAAGGGGUCAAGAAAGGCUCCUUGACAAAGGCAGAAUAUUAGCUGGGACUUGAAGGAAACCAGAAAUGUCAGGAGAUAGAAGUGAGGGAGAUAAUUCCAGGGAUGGGGAAUAGCCAGUGAAAAUGCUUGGAUCCAGGUGAAACUGAAGGUUCUGUACAAGAAAUAGAAAAGAAAGGGAGCUAGAUUUGGUUUUGAAUGCCAAAUAGAGAAUUUUAUUCUUGACCUUGGAGUCAAAAAGGUUCCAUUGGAGUUUGUUGACUGGGAGUGAUAUGGUCGCACGUUCUUUAGAAAGAUCAGUUUGAUAGCUAGGUGGAGGAAUGGACUGGAGUGGGGAGAAAAUUCAAGGCAGAGUAGUGUUCAUUAGAAAGAAGGAAGGGGUGUAUUUGAGAGAUGUGGUGAAGGUAGAAUUAAUUGAUAUUACUUGGUAACAGAUCAGAUAUGAGAAGUAGAAAUGAAUGAAGAGUCAAGAUCAUAUCUAAAUUUUGAGCCUGAGGGAUGAGAGGAUGAUGGUGGUCUCUGCUAUAGUAGGAAAGUUGUGAAGAGGAGAGAAGCAGAGGAAGACUACACUGAAUUCAUUUUUGGAUAUAUUACAUUUUAAAUGUGGGUGGGACAUUUAAUUUGGGAUAUCCAAUGAAGUAUAGAUCAGUUCUAUUUUUUCUUUAAUUAAAUUGUUUUGGCUAACAUUGGAGAUCUAUUCGGGAAACUAAUAUAGUCAAUGCCACAAUAAUAGUUUCUGGGGUAAUAUUGUUUCAUUGGAUAUCUUUGUUGCCUACUUUACACAGUAGGUAGCUUUGAUAUUUGAACUUCAGAGAGGCAUGUUGAUUUCAAUUUUUAUUGGCAGACUGCCAAACAAAACAUGGAUAUAAAAAACAAUAAAAAAUUAAUCCAAUAUAGGUCAAUUCUUAUGAGAAUAUGACUUUCUCCAUUCAUUCAUUGAUUCAUCAUAAUUAGAUGAUAAUACCUAAUUUUGUCUUUGAUAAUGAAAGAUAAAUUGCUACUUGGUAUAGUCUCAUCACUUAAGUGUAAUUCUGUGGUGCCAAGGGAAAAAGAUUCAGUUGUACAGGGCACCACAUCUGUAAAACCUAGUGUAAACAUAGCUCCUGUUUGUGAAAAUUGGAAAACAGAUGAUAAUUCUGAAAUAAUGAAUUCCUUAAAAAAAGUCAUGCAAUAAAAGAUUUUGCAGGAGAGAGAUGGGAGGGAGAGAGAGAGACAGACAGACAGACAGAGAGAGACAGAGAGAGAGAGAGAGAGAGAGAGAGAGAGAGAGAGAGAGAUGCUGAAAGAAACAAAGUAACAUUUCCUGUCUUUUUUAUUUUUCUUUUGAAAGUGAAUAAAUAAAUCCCCAUAAAUGACUGUGGGACCUUUGUGUGUGUUCAUUCCAGGAAUCUGAUGAAACCUAAGUUUCACAACAGUAUAUUGAAAUAAUCUACUAAAGGCAGAAAUUUUAGAAACAGGAAAUUCCAAUUACCCUAUAAUUUAAUUCAAUAAAUGAUUAUUCCAUAAUCUUCAGAAAAAUCAUUCAUCAGGCUAAAACAAUUUCUUGUCAAAUAAUGUUGGUGCUGCUUUUUGUCUUUAUGACUUUUAAUCUCUUUGUAUUAUUCUGCUUUUAAGCUUGCAACAUGAUGAAUUUAACAUGCAUAAUAGAACUAUGUACUUGUUAUCUAUUACUUUGACAGCCACCUUUAAAAAAUGUUAUUUACUAGGCAGUUGGAACAAGUUUUCCUUCUGUACAUUUUUUAAACCUUUAUAUUGAAAUCAUGAAUUUGAAAGUCAUUCUCUAUCUUUGGUUUUAUGGUGAUACCAAACAAGGAUGGAAUUUUCCCAGUAGAGAAUUUUCAAAUUUCAGUAUCAGGGAUAAAUGAAUAAACACUUUAUCAAUGAGCAGUAAGAGCUUUCAGUUUCAGACACUCCUCUACUUCCCACACACAAUUCUUUGUGGACCAGAUUACUUUUCUCUUUUUAGCCUCAAUACCUUUCCCUCUGAGAGAGUUGCUUUCCUUUCUAACUCGGGUGAACUACUGGCACAUUCUUUCUUCUAUGUAAGCCCAGGCAUUUCACUGCUCAGUUCCUUCUUCUAACUCAUUCAUCCAUAGAAACUCAGUAACUAUAGUCUCUUGCCUGGGAUAGUUGUAAACAUUAGCUAAUUUUUUUUCUGUUAAUAACUCUAAGCUCCCAGAGAGAAAUACCCCCCUGUGUCUCCACAUCCCCUACCAAAAGUUUUAGUCACCCCACUCAAUGACAUCAAGCUCAAUGAUUUUAUUGUGGCAUCCUUUAUGUCAAUUCCCUCUUUCCAUAGCUUCUUCCUUUCUCUAGAAGAGCAGCAAGGUGAAUUUAUGAGAGUAAGUCAGAUUUUUCACUAAUCCCAAUGUAAAGGAAAACCCCAUUGAGGGUGGGUGAGGAAGAAAACCCUGUAAAACUCCUGUCUGAAAAGUAAGUUUCUAUUUAUCUUGCAUCUUGAUUUCUUUGUAGAUGCCUUCAGUAGGAGUCAAGUCAAUGCUACAUUUUUCCCCCAGGCAUCAGAAUAUUUUAGCCUCUUGAAAAAUUUCCUAAACUAUGCACAAGAUCUGAAAAUAUAUAUCACAAGUAUCAAAACAAACAUCAUCACUUAGGAAAAGGAUGACGAGCCCAGCAUUCCUUGAAAUCAUUUUGGGGACCACUCACAGAAAUCUGUUGUAUACAACCUACAGCACAAUGGAAAACAUCAUUUGAAAGACUGCUUCAGUGACUACAGGCCAAAAUGUGAGAAUAGUACAUGUAGAUCAUUAGCAAAGAAGCAUAAUGGCAAAAUGAUAAAAAUGUCAAAAGAUCUACAUAACAAAGCAAGCAUAAACACCAGCAUCUAUGCAAAUAAACAGCAAAAUUAUAGUUAACAAAUUUAUCUGUACUGUAUGCAUGAUACUAACACAGAAAUGAAUAAACGUGAAAAAUGAAAUAAUAAAAUAGAAGCAUACUCAAACUAUGAACGAAUAUAUGCAAUAUAGGUACAUGGUCAAUCAUGUAAUAUGUUUGAAAACAAGCAUAACAAUUUCUCCAGUUUCCUAUAUAACAUCAUGCUAAUCUUACUCCUGCAUUGAACAGUUCAGGCUCUCUUGGGACCUGCUAACUUGAUUGCCCCUACACCUGACCCUUUGUUCUCUAGAUAACUUUUGUUAUUCUUUUUCUUGUUCAAUAAAAUGUUUUGGGUAAUUUGA